UAUUCUAUGACGACGCUCCACGCCCAUUAAUAAACCGCACGCCGUUUACUAGUUAUGCCUCGCUCUUGUAUUGUUCCUUUUUGUAAUGAAGGUUACGGCUCAAAACCGUCGAGGUAUUCGUUUUUCUGCGUGCCUAAAGACCCUGUUAAAAGAAAAAAAUGGCAAGCUGCAAUACCAAGAAAAUUAGAGUUGAAACCUGGACAGGCAGUGUGUGAAAAACAUUUUGCACCUGAGGAUAUUGUUCGAAAGAAAGUGUUCAAAGAUUGCAACGGAGCAGUUUUGGCUGAGGCUGUCUUAAAAAUACCAAGAUGUGCAGAAAAUGCUGUUCCAACUUUGUUUCCUGGCUGCCCAAAAUACUUAAGUCGAAAAACUCCUAAGCGACGAAGAGAUAUUAUACGGAAGGUCAUACCAAAAGUGAAGAAAGUAAAACUUGCGCAUUUAUCAAACAGUGAUGUGCAGGAAAAUCCGGUAACUUCAUCACAUAACUCUGAUUUCAUUACUCCAUCGCAGACCUUUGAGUUAUCCAUUUUUGAACAAUUGUAUUAUGAUGAAGAUUGUUUUGAGGUGCCAGAAAGUUGGACCAGAAUUAUUCCUGCGUGUGGAUCGAAGUUGAUAUUUUAUGCUCAGAUAGUGUCAAGAAAGGUGAAUGAGCAUAUAUUUCCUGUAUAUGUUAAGCAAGUCUGUGUUGAUGAAAAUGCUUGUGUUACAUGUUCAAUAUUGGGAAAAACCCUAAGUCACGAAUCUCUAAGAACAUUAAAAGAACCUUUGAAAUCUUGUCAGGAACUGAAAGACAUUUUGAUAUGUUUCAAUGAGCUAAAGAUUUGCAGUGGAACUAAACUAGACAAAAAGUUAAGUGAUUUAGAGUGCCAGAGUUUGUGUAGAGAUUCGUCAGGUUGUUUGAGACACACAAACUGUUCGUUAGUUGUUUCUGAAGAUGAUGUUUGUGAAAAAUGUAAGAGGCUAAAGAAAAUCCUUUGUCAGAAAUUGUUACAGCUAGAGCGUAUACUUUGAAGAGAAUUUCAUUAGAGCUCAGUCCUAAAAAACCACAAACUAAACUUGAUUAGAAAGAAGCAAGAAUGUUAUUGUCACAUGCUAUUGAGAUGUAAAAAUUAAGUCAAAAAACAUAAAACUGAACUUAAAAAUACUCAGGCUUUUAUGGAACUGAUUUCAGAUUGUUCAUGUCAAACAAGACUCUUCAAUCACUGUCUGUUGUCUGUUUGUUUUAAAGUGCAAGAAGUCUGGAGCUUGUCAUCAACAAGCUUUUAUAUCAAUUUUUUGAAAAAAGCAAAAAAAAAAAAAAAAAAGAUGUCUUCUACAGCUUUGAAAUCAAAGCAAAGUUCCACACUUAAAUUUAAAUUCAUAUGUUAUUCCAGGGUAUGUCUGUUUUGAAAAUCAAGCAAUUUGUUGCUUGUCAGAAACUAAUUCUUAGUAGUGAUUUAUUGUAAAUUGUAAAACUCUAAGAAGUAUGUUUAGGUUGACAUUGAAGCAAAGUUCCAACACUAGUGUUUUUUUUUUUUUUUUUUUUUUUUUUUUUUUUUUUUUUUUUUUUUUUAACUCAGGUGUUUCAUUGUAUAGUAUCUGUACAAUUUUGAUUGUGUCUGUAAAGAAUCUUAAGAAUUUUUAUAAUAUCUGUGAAAAAACUUGAGUACGGUUUGUUCAUGAUAGACUCUUGACUAGCUUAAGUUGCAUGAUAAAUAAUAUGAUUGCAUGCCACAUUUAAUUACCUAGAAAAUUAAUGUUUGAAAAAAGUUGAUGUAGGUUUUUCACUUGAAAAUUUACAAGAAUGGUUUAUGCUUUUUUUUUUAACAAUUUUCAAACAUUUUACCCAUGGAGGGGGGUUCCCGAUAAGUUUCCAGGUAUGUUGAUGGCAUUGUACGUAGCAGAUUUUUGGGGCCAACAUUUACUUAGUGUGCCUAUAAACAUGACACAUUUUCUCAAGGUACCAGAAAAAUAAAGAUCUUUGUCUAAAUUUAAACAUGGAGGGUGACAACCAGUAGCAUAACUUAAGUAUUUAUUGUUAGUAAAACUUGAUAAAUGAAAUAUAUUAUGUGCUACUUAUGUUGACUGCUUAUGUUGUAAAAUGUAACCUUGAUAAGUUUGUUUCUUUUUGCAAAAAUAAAGUGCAUUUCAAACCAUUUUGUUUGUAUGCUCUUCAGCUUUUACAUGAACCUGCUUUUUAAAUCAGUAUUUUUUUCUUGUAAGUGCAAGACAUUGUGCAUAAAUGAAACAAGUUUCACAAAUGUAGAUACUUGAACUACCUUAGUUUCUCAUUUUCAGCAAUUUAGCUGGGGAUUUUUUUAUUAUUACUAAAGAAAAACCAAAGUUUUGUCUACACACGCAUCCUCAUUGCUUCAUGUAGAGGCAAAGGUGGAUAUUUGGGCCAGGGGUUGUUAUUUGGGCCCCCACUGUAUCUAGACAUACAGGCCACGAAUUCUAGCGGUGAACGCUGGAACUACUAAAACAUGAAGCCAAACAGCACUGGCGAGCGCGCCAGUGUAGUACCUGCCAUGGUUAGUGUUGCGUGAGACUGUGAAAUUUUUGUUCCUGAGCAAAACUUUGAAAGGUAAGUGUUGACAUCAUUGUUAUCGUAGCUUCUUUGUUGUAUUCGGUAAAUACAUGGUAAGGUGUGUGUUUAGUAUGUUAUAAGGAUUCCGUAUCACACCAGGUAUUGUCAUAACAUUGGUAAAUAAACUCGUAGCAAAAUUUUAUUUUCCAAUAUAGCUAUGGUGGAUAUAUGGGCCCCUUGCAGUGCUGGUUAUAUGGGCCCCAUAAUCUUAGGGGCCCAUAUUACAACCACUACAACGUUAUGUUACGUUUUAUGUUGCAGAUGCCCCGAAAACUCCUGGUACCCCCUAAAAAGGGUAAAAGAUAGGCGUGGAAUAAAGAAGACAUGUCGAAAGCCAUAUCAGCAGUUAAAGAAAAGAAAAUGGGUUUGAAAAAAGUCACAAAAACUUUUUCCGUGCCACGAUCUACUUUACAAAGACUAUGUCGUGUUGAAAAACCUAUUCAAGAAGUAGUGAACAUGAAAAUAGGACGGCCUACAAUAAUCCCACCAGCCCUUGAAAAGGAGCUAGUAACAUAUAUUUUGAUAAUGGAGGCAAAAUUUCACGGCCUUACAUGAAACGAUGUGCGCCGGAUGGCAUAUCAGCUGUGCGUCAGAAAUAACAUAGCACACCCAUUUACGAAUGGCGAAACUGCAGGACGUGCUUGGUUUGACCAUUUCAUGUCGCGCCACAAAGAGUCAAUAUCUAUUUUGAAACCUUCAGCGACUUCAUCCGCUAGGGCCAAUGGCUUCAACAGGGAAGCUGUAAACACAUUUUACGAUCUCUUGGAAGCUGAAUUCCAGAUAAACAACUACAGUGCCGACAGAGUGUUCAACGUAGAUGAGUCCGGCAUUAGUGUUGUACAAAGUAAGGUAUCUGAAGUUGUAGGUCUCCGAGGCAAAAGGCAGAUAGGAGCCCUAACAGCUGCAGAACGAGGGUCACUAGUAACUUGCAUUUUUAGCAUGAAUGCUUCUGGGCUUCAUAUCCCACCUAUGCUAAUUUUUCCAAGGAAAAAUAUGCCAGAAACACUAAUGAGAGGUGCUCCGCCAGGCUCCAUUGGAAGGUGUCAUCCUUCAGGUUGGAUUCAAACCAACCUAUUCACUGAUUGGUUUAACCACUUUUUGUCAAAAGCAAAACCAACGGCAGAUGAACCAAUUUUGCUAAUUCUAGAUGGUCAUCACACUCAUACAAAGAACAUUGAUGUCAUUGAACUAGCUCGUGCAAACCACGUAAUGAUCGUUAGCCUGCCUCCUCACACUACACACAAGUUACAGCCUCUCGACAGAAGCUUUAUGGGUCCUUUGAAGUACUACUACAGUGAAAAUAUUAGGCAGUGGCAGUUACACAACAACAGACCUCUAGGACCAUAUGACAUUGCUGAGCUAUUGGGGAACGCUUUUCUCAAGUGUCAAACAGGUGAAAUAGCUGCUAGUGGGUUUUCUGUAACCGGGAUUUUCCCUUUCAAUCGCCACUUGUUCAGUGAUGUUGACUUCGCUCCUUCUUCAGAAGAAGCUAAUGUAGAGGACAUCAGUCUUGAAGUUCUAAAAGCGUGUAAAGGGCGAACAACCCACAAAAAAACACAACAGUCUACUUCUAGAUAUUCUACGGCUGCCAUUGCUACAUCCACUUCCAGGUCUGCUGCAUCCACUUCCGGGCCUGCUGCUAAGAACCUAACUCCAUCUGCGAAAGACUUGGUAGAAGCUGGCCCUUCCGGGUGUUCUUCUUCGAUGCGUUCUGACCAUGUAUCACCUCAAGAUAUCCUGCCUAUUCCACGACCAAAAAAGAGAAUGACAAACAAAGGCCCGAAACCUAUGAAAUGUGCAGUAAUUACAUCAUCACCUUAUAAACUUGCAUUAGAAGGAGUAGAGCAAAAAAGGAAUGAGAAAUUAACAACAGCUAAUGAAGCCACGACAAAGAAGAAAAACACAGGAAAAGAAACUGUCAAUACAAAACCAAAGGCAAAAAAAUGGUUAAAAAGGAGGUUGUGUUUUGUAGAAUCAUCAGAUGAAAACCAAGAAGAUGACUUCGACUCAGGAGAAUCCGUCAUGGAAGCUGAAGUAGGAAAUUUUGCCCCCGACGAUGAAGAUGCAGUCUGUCUUUUCUGUGAACAGGUAUUUUCUAAAGACUGUAGCAGUGAACUGUGGGUACAGUGUAUGAUUUGCGAAAUGUGGGCUCAUAACCUUUGUGCUGGGGCUGACAGAGAUGUGUAUAUCUGUGACUUCUGUAAAUAGUUUUUUUUAAAAUGGUUCAGUCAAGAUAUCUUAAUUUUUAUGUUCAAAUAACAUUUUUUAACAGACUUUUCUGAUCAGACGAUCAUGAAUUAGGUUUAUUUUGGUAUUAACAAUUUAUAAAACAAAGUAGUUUUUAUAAAUUUAUGUUUUAACUAGUUCAUAGAUUAGUUGAUAUGUUUGCAUCCUAAUCCAAUAGUUUUUAUGUUUGAAAAGCAAAAUAUCUUUCAAUAUACAACUUUUUCCAAGCAGCUACUAUAACACUUUGUGUUUUUAUACUAUUUCAAAAAUUAAUACAAUACAUAACAACUGUAAUAAAUGAUUUUUUUGGUGAUAUUUUAAUGAUUAUUUAUUGAGAAAACCCAGGGGCCCAUAUUACCAGCACAAAAUUUUUUUUUUGAAAAAAUGCAGACUUUUGGUAAAAAGUUGUAGCGAUUUUAAAUGCGCGCGUCAUCGCGGGCCUCCGGCACUUCGCUCCCCUCAUCCUUCUCCCUCCUUUCCCCCCCCCCCCUCCUAGUGAUUCUAUGUCUACUCGUUUCCCCCACCCUUUCAAUAUGCGCAUGCGCGCGCUGCGGCGCGAGUUUAUAAAAUCUGCUGCAGACAUGAUGAGGGUCUUCUUCUACUGGUAGCCUUUGUGAGGCUUGGUUGUCAGCAGUAGCUGACCAGUUGUUAAUUUCACUAGCAUGUAGUCCGAGAGCUUCGACUUAGUCUUCGUGCGUGUGCGACCUCAGGGGAAAAAUGUAAGUUGAAUCGAGUCGUCAGUGAGGCGGUGGCCCUCACCCUAAUGUAGAAUCAGUAUUGUUUAAAUUUUUUUAGUCUAAAUUCCUUUUCGGCCGCCACCAUCAAAAAUUGUUUGGAUUUCUGCUUUAAUGUAAAUUUAACUUAACCUUCGCUUCCGUUUUUCUGUUUCUACCUGUCUCCCCUUGAGACGUCGUCGCACGUUUUUUUUUGGUACUGCUUUUUAAAGAAUAAUGUAACUUCUUUCUUUCGUGUACCUGCACUUUGCAGUAGUUUUGUAAAUGUAACUUAUUUUGUAAUAUAACUUCAGACAAGGAAAUUAUGUCCCUUUUUGACGAUCGUUGAUUGGAUCACUGUGUAGCCGGCUUACCCAUGCAAAUUAUAAUUGUCAAUUGUGUAUUAAUAUUGAAUUUGUUAUUGCUUUUUGUAUUUAACUUUGCAUUGGUCAAACGUAACUGUACAUGAAUAUUAACGUAAUAGUAAUUAUGAAUUAAUAUGGAAUUUGAAUAAAAUGUCUGUGUACCUGAAA